GGCGACCGCAGAGAGUGACGAGAAGUGGGGUGGGCAUGUUGCUCAACGCAUCGAAUCCGAGUUGAUUCGAACUCGGAAUCAGCCAUACGAGCUCUCGAAAUAGUUAAAAGAAGAUGGCUUCUCUGCUUGUGGACGGGGGUGGGCUUCGGAGUUGCGAGCUCGAAAGAGCUUGGAGGAAUCUCUGUCGGUAUCGAAGCAAGACAUCGCACGAUUUGAUCCACUUCAAUGUCGUGAUUCCAGAGGGGAGUACAAAGACGUUCCCUCCUCCCGGCUCAUGGGGAGUUUCCUUCUGUAGAACUCUCGUUCCCAGUCAUUCUUUUUGCAUACUUAAUUUUCCUCUCUUAAUAUAUUAAUUCCUCAGGAUGAAGUACAGCUCUGGUCUUGUAGCCAUUGUGGCUGCUGCGUCUGUUCUUGCGGAUGAAGAGACAUGUACUUUUCACCCUGUCGAGGCCGUUGAUGCGCCAAUUGUAGCGCCAGUUGUGAAUACUACCACAGUGCCCCUCACUUCAGCAAACAGCACGAAUCUGUUUUCUCCUAUUUUUGCGCCGGGGAUCGAUCGCCACGAUAUUACUCAUGUCGUUCCUCAAGCCAAUGUGUCGCUUUACUAUGGAUCCAACCUCAAUGCUUCAGCGAGCGUCAAUAUCAGCCAUACGAUGAAGUACCCAACGAUUAUUCUUGAACAAAUUGCCUCGAUCAUCAGUGUAGACUGCUCAGAUACCUCGGUGGCUAUGACUUUCAACAACUCGAUUGUGUUUGCAACUACGCAAGCUGCUUGGAUUGCCGAUGGAACUAUGGUGUUCGUCACGAACCAUUUGGGAGAUUGUGACCCUGUUUUGGAGAGAAGCUUCUUUCUUUCAAGCAGUUUGAGCUUCGACAAUACGACUCUGACCGCCACUGCUAGCUCCAUGAAGGCCAACAUCUCCAGCACUGCUGCUGCCACCGAAAUCUCAUUUGGCAAUAUCCCCACCACUGAUCUUGCCAAACGCGCCUUCACGACCACUCUGGACCCAACCUACUCUCUCAACACUGCCAUCGCUUUGCCUGCUGAUACUACCCUCUACUCGAACUCACCUUACCUUACCGUAACUGCUGAUAAGGCAUCCUUUGCCUCAAACGUAACCUUUUCCGGUUACCUCAAGUACAACUGGCUCACGUUCAGCUUGAGCGACUUGUACUUCGACAUCGAUGUCGGCUUCAGCUCGACCCUUGAGCUCACGGCCGAUAUUGCAGCCUCCUACAACAACACCUUCAAAUACUCACCAACUUCUCUCUUCUACGGCCUCACCGUCCCUGGCAUCCUCACUCUCGGCCCCGAGCUCAUCUUCGCCGUCGAUGCCGAAGUCUAUGCCUCAGCAAAAACAACCCUGACCACCGAGGUCCAAGUUGGUCUCGCAGACGGAAAUGUGCACGUCGAUCUCCUCGACAAGUCCAACACCGCUACCUCAGGCUGGGUCCCAACCUACAACGCCAGUGCCAACAUCUCAGGCAUAGCUGAAGCACAGCUCAAUCCUACCGCUUCCCUGACCGUCGAGAUCGCGAUCAGUAUUUUCGGCGGCCUGAUCGACCUUUCCACCGGCUUGACCGCCAGCCCAGGUUUCACGAAUGACUUCAUCUUGACUGCUGCUGAGGGCUUGGAUCUGACUGGAUACGAAGCCUUGACGAACGGUACGACGUGUAAGAAUGGGUUGGCGAUCGAUAGCGAGUUUGUGUUUGAUUUAGUGGCGUUUGCUACAGAGUGGUAUUCGACGAAGCUAUAUUCCGUUGAUCUCCCGAUUUUGAAGAAGUGCUUCGAGUUCACUACUUAGAUUAUCGAUGGAUGGAUAAAGAGUGAGAUGGUAUUUCGAGUGGAAAGAACUAAUAUCAUGGAGAUGAAAAGACGAAUUUUCUUUGGGUUUGGUCAUGAAGCGGCUUUUUAUAUGGAAGUGCUAGAAAUAGUAACAGAUGAAGCUCUGC